UCGGCCGGCACGCUCCAACGUUGAACACGACAGAAGACUCUCGUUCUUCCUCGAGUAGUAGUCAGUCGAGCUCUGACAAUCGCUUCGAGCAGUCAGAGACUACUACUAUUAGUACUACUGUGCUUUAGACCGCCACGAGAAAUAGAAGUUUCAACCGAUAUACAGAGAGAUAGAUAGAUAGAGAUAGAGACAUAGUGGACAAGAAGACGAUCUUCCCUUUUUUCAACUUUGUUUGUUAAAAGGGAGAGACGGAGAGACGGAGAGAGAGAGAGAGAGAGAGAGAAAGAGAGAGAGAGAGAGAGAGGACCAGUCCAAGUAGCAAACUCCUGUAGACUUUUUCUAUUUCUAUCUUCGACAUUCGUGAUCACAGUGUUAGAAGAGACAUAUCAUCAUCUUUACGUUUUGAAUUCACUUGGAUUAAAAAACAGUGCAGUGUGCUUACUCCGAUUCUUCGAAUCGAGCCUAUUUUCCUUCAUUUUCAACACUCCAUUGAAAUUCUGUGAUAAGUCGAAAUGGUGACCGGAGUGGGUGCUACGAUGCCGACCGGCGGCGUCACCGUGGGCGCCACGCCGCCCACGCAACACGUACCUCAGGAAGCCGGACAACCACCCGCGCAAACUGCCACGACUACGACCACUACGAGAAGAUCCGGAGAAAAUCGACGGAGCAAUAAACCGAUUAUGGAGAAAAGACGCCGUGCCCGCAUCAAUAACUGUUUAAACGACCUGAAGACCCUUAUUCUCGAUGCCAUGAAAAAAGACCCAGCGAGACAUUCGAAACUAGAAAAGGCGGACAUCCUUGAGAUGACGGUGAAACAUCUGGAGACGUUACAACGUCAACAGGUAGCCUUAGCCGCAGCGACGGAUCCAAACGUUUUGAACAAAUUCCGUGCAGGCUUUACGGAGUGUGCCGGCGAAGUUGGCAGGUUUCCCGGAUUGGACGCAUCGGUAAAGAGACGUCUGAUGGCCCACUUGGCCUCAUGCCUAGGACCAGUGGAAACGAGUAACAAUCCUGGUCAAACGACGACGACAACGACGACGACGAGUACAACGACGACGGCUAAUCAACAGCCGGUUCAACCAGCACCGCCGACCACUCAACUGCAAGUGCAUAUUCUACCGCAAGUAGAUACAACGCCGAGAAUUCAGGUGCAACAAUCAAAUGGGAUUUUCUUUACGAAUGCAAAUGGCACGGGCUUGCAAUUGGUUCCAACGAGGCUACCGAACGGUGAUAUCGCGUUGGUUUUACCUGCCGGUGCUAAGGCAACACCAGUGACAUCCCCAUCAUCCUCGCCAGCACCUAGUUCACCUUUACCUACUCUCAUACCGAUCCCACAAAGAACGGCCAGUACCGCAUCAGCUUCCUCGUCGUCCUCUUCCUCCGUCGGCUCGACCUCCACCUCAGCAGCAAGCCCAGUUGCUUUCGAAGCACCUCCAGCAGCUUUCCGUGAACAACAACCACCUACCAACGUCUAUGUAACCGGCAAUAGUCACCGGGACGUUGCUACCUCUCCCGCUAAUGGUUAUACCAGCGAUCCCGAAUUCGAUCCUCGUGUUUAUAGUCCACCUUUGCAAAAACCACUUGCCCUCGUAAUGAGAAAAAGCGUCAUGCCCGAGCUCGAAGACAAACCAUGGAGGCCGUGGUAAAGUGCCGUACAGUGAGACGAACUUUUGUGCUAUUUCGUUUGAUUUUUUUUUCUCGAUGAACGGACAUGUUCCUUGCGCUUGCGCCUGCGCUUGCGCACGCUUAUCUUUCUUUUCUUAUUCCCCGUACGUGAGUUCAUGUUGAUCAAUCGUACGUGGACAUUGAGUUGAAUGUCGAUGAAUUUUGCGCGAGUGCGUGUGAUAAACUGUCGAACAAACAAGGCGGUGCCUUAUCUAGUGCCUUACGAAUAAUACACGUACCACGUUCAUGUGUCCUAUCGAAUUCGUUGAUACGAAUCGAUAGGCGCGAAAAAAAAAUGAUUAAUUUCCGUUUCGCGAUGAGUUUAGAGAAUUCAUAAGUUUUUUCUAUUUUUUUUUUUUUUUUUUUUUUUUUACUUUUUUUUUCUUUUUUCUCUUUUUUUUUUGUUCUUUGUUUCCUUUCGUGUACAUACCUUUUAGAAUUAGAAUUGUAUUUUUAAGUGCCUUACACAGCAAGAUCACCGACGUCUUCCAUUCUGUUUAAUUAUGUUUUCUAUUAUAUUUUUCUCAUCUACUUAUUUCCCAUCUCCUUUUUUCCUCUAUCUUCUUCUUCUUCUUCUUUUUUUCUUUUAUUAAAUUUUAUAUAUAUAUAUAUAUAUAUAUAUAUAUAUAUACACAUAGCGUUAUUGGCACCCAAUCGACAAGAUACGAUGCCAAUCGACACAACCACGACUCUGUAGAUUUACUAUGUGAAAACUAAAAAUGAUCGUGAGAAUAUGUAGUAUACGAUCGAGCCGGAUAAAGAAUUGCGAUUGUAUGUGUGCGUGUGUACGAUCCUAUUUAUAUUUAUAUUUAAGUGCAAAGAUGUUGAAUUUAUAAUUAUCUUCUAUUUGUCAAAAUAGAAAAAAAAAAGCUGACGCUUAUUAUUGCAAGAGUAUCAAAAUAAAUGUUGAUCUCUUUCGUAAACAUUA